AUGGUGCUCCUUCAGUCCUGCGGCACCUCUGCUGAUGGUUCGAACAGCGAUCCUGGAUUUGCAGCCGUCAAAGUCUGCACUCGAGAAAGUGCCCAAUCUACCCGUCUUUACCGAGAACUCCAGUUUUACGAGCACGUCAGCGUUCUCAACUCGCACCACGGUGGUCAAGCUUAUAUCCGCGGAUUACUCGAAACAUUCGCCAUCAACGGCCCUGCUGGUCAACACUUGUGCCUCGUCCACCCUCCGAUGCACAUGACUAUUCAAGAACUGCAGCUUCAGAAUCCAUCACAUCGUCUCAAUGAGCAGAUUUUGAAGUGGACUCUAGUUAAUUUGUUCCGUGCCCUGUCUUUCCUACAUGAUGAAGCCAGGGUGAUGCACGCAGAUAUCAAUCUAUCAAACGUUAUGCUGACAAUUGGCGAUAAGUCCUUGCUCUCGGACUUUGAAGACGAAGAAAGUCAAGACCCAUCGCCCACCAAAGUGAUUGAUGACGUCCGCACAAUCUAUGGCUCUCGCCAGCUGGGUCUUCCGAAGACUGGCCUGUGGGGCCAGCCGGUCCUGUGUGACUUUGGAGAAGCUCGAAUUGGGGAGUUCCAUGGAGGACUCAUUCAGCCCGAGUUAUAUCGUGCUCCUGAAGUGUUAUUCAAUAUGACGUGGAACUCGAGCGUUGAUAUUUGGAAUGUUGCUGUUAUGAUAUGGGAUCUGUUCGAAGACCGACACUUAUUCCAUGCUCUGGACGAGAAUGGAGAAUCAUCAGCAACCCACCAUAUCGCGGAAAUGGUCGGUUAUCUGGGCUUCCCGCCUCUUGAGUACCUGCAACGAAGCCAAGUCACACAGAAGGUCUUUGAUGAGCAAGGCCGCUGGAAGGGAGCCGGAGGGGUCGAUAUCCCAUCACACUCGCUUGAAGAGUCAGAAAACGGCCUGAGUGGUGAAAACAAACAAAGGUUUCUCACAUUCGUGAGAUCCAUGCUUAGAUGGGUGCCCGAGGAGAGAAAGGGAGCCACCGAACUGCUCGAAGAUCCGUGGUUGAAGAAGGAAAUUCCGUGA